AUGGAUUCUCCUAUACACAUUGGUGACUUGACAACACAGUCAAUUCAACAAAAAUUAUUCGAGACCCAUAUAAAUAACAACAAUAAGAACAAGACCAUUAACAACAAUUGUGCUUUAUUGUCGACAAUUUAUUCGUCCAUAUACUCUGGUGUAAAAACUAUUCAGUUAACAAUGAAACUAGAUUCUGACAAAAACAACAACAACAACAACAACAACAAUGAUCUCAAAUUUGACAACAAAAGUCAUGGUGAAAUUAUAGUUUUGAGAAGAGUACAAGACUCGUUUGUUAAUGUUACCCAGUUAUUUCAAAUUUUAAUUAAAUUAGAAGUAUUACCAACCAGCCAAGUUGACAAUUAUUUUGACAAUGAGAUAUUAUCAAAUUUAAAAUAUUUUGGGUCAUCCAGCAAUACCCCUCAAUAUUUGGAUUUAAGGAAACACCAAAACAUCUAUCUUCAGGGAAUAUGGAUACCAUAUGAUAAAGCUGUAAAUUUGGCUUUGAAGUUUGAUAUUUAUGAGAUCACCAAGAAAUUGUUUUUGGUCGAUGUACAUGAUUUCGACAAGUUACCCAAAGCAAACAAAAGAUUGUACGAGGAAGAUGCCAACAGCGAUAGUGAUAUAUUGGACUCUCCCUCCAAAAAACAAAAGUUGGAUAAAAAGUCUAAAAAAGAUUUACUUUCCAAUGGCAAAGCAAUAACCAAAAAACUCAUAGCAUCGUCGGUAUCACAGAAUUCAAACUACCCAUUCACGUUGCCUGCUGUAAUCAUUGAUAAUAGCAAUUCAGAAAUUGCGAAUGACAUCAAAGUUAAGUUGGGAGAUGUGUUCAAACGUGAUGAUGAAAAACCCGAUGGGAUUUCGUUCGAAGACGUGAAACUGGCAUUUGCAGACGCAUUGUCAAGGUAUACACCCGAGACAAUUAUCGACAUUCCGUUGGAUCUGAAAGGUCAAACUGCAUUGCAUUUUGCUUCAACAUUAGCUUCUUUGAACUUAGUGUCCUCGUUUAUUGAAUUGGGAUUGAAUUCUCCAAUCAGAGGUAACAAUGCAGGCGAGUCCCCAUUAAUCUCCUGUAUUCAAGUAACAAACUCUAUGGAAAAAGGUAACUUCACCAAAAUCCUUAGUAAUUGGUUGUAUCCUGAUAUUUGGUUGUUAGACAAAAGAAAAAGAACAGUAUUCCACCAUUUAACUUUACAAAUAGAUAAGAACGAUAGCUUCAGGUUCUACACCACCAAGAUUUUGGAGUAUAUUAUAAGCGAUAACAAUCAGAAUUUACUAGAUUUUCGUGCCAAUAUACUUAACGCACAGGAUGAAGACGGUAAUACGGCAUUGCAUUUGGCUAUAGAAAAGGAUUCAAAAUGGUUUAUUAAAGUUUUAGUGGAUUUGGGGGCUGAUACUUCUAUUUCUAAUAAACGUGGCACAAAGCCCUCCGAUUUUGAAAUUAUCAGGGACUUGGGUUCAAUUGAAAACGAUGAUCAAAUAUUUGACUUGAUAUCUACCGGAUUAGAGUUUUUAAAUAAAAGAUUGGAAAUUGGGGGUGAAAAAUUACCAGAAGUAGAAAGUCCCAAGGUGGUAACAACCCCCAAAUUGAUAGACCAGGAAGGAAGUUCGUCCUCUGGAAAAAUAUUCAAUAGUAUUCAGCAAUUGCUUUCCAAUACUAAUGUUGAAUAUGAAAACAUUUUGAACUCCAAAAGAGAGCAGAUCAAACAAUUAGAUAGAGCUCUACAUGAUGCUACCAUUGUCACUGCCAAUAAUCGUUUCAACACCAAAAAAAUUACUGAAAAAUUGAUAAAUUUAGACAAUUUGAAAUUGCAAGUAGCAAAUGUUACGGAUAAAUUAGCUCUAUCAAAGCAAGAGUUGAAUGAGGAAAUAGAUGAUACCAAAGAGUAUGAUGCAGACGCUCCAUUCAUAAUACCUCAGAUAUAUGACAAAUUGAAAAAGGGUAAAGACCCAAUACAAGAUUUGAAGACUGACGAUUAUUUAUUGAGCCAGUUACAGCCAGCACCAAUACUAAAAGCCAGAAUACAGGCUUAUAAAGACAUCAACAGCAAGUUAGAGAAGGAAUUAAAAACUUUGGUCGAUUAUAGCGACUUGACUUCUAAGUUUAAGAAAGUUGUCAGCAUAUGUACAAAUGUUGGUGUAAACGAAGUUGAUGAAUUUUUAGACGGGUUGUUGGAAGCAGUGGAAGGACAACAGUAA